AAUAAUAAGUUGGAUGACGUCUGGCUCCACAACGGCACUCACUGCCUGCCAGUCGACGUUUCGCCUUGAGUCGCCGCGCGCAGCUCGUACUGCGUGGGGAUUCCUGAGGAUUACCCGGCAUACCCCGCGGGGAGAGAUGGCGGCGGCAGCGGACAAGGAAUGAAGAUAAACUUUAUCCCGGAGAGCAGCCACCGGAACGGGGAAAGCCGCACGACCUGCUGACGGCUGGGAGACUUGUUUGCUCUGUUGCUCGCCGGCGUGAGAGUGUGCGCACUGCGCUCGUGUGUCGUCAGGCAUUUCGGCGUUGCAGAGCGGCUUUUUGGAGCUGUGGGCUCGGGAGAGGCUUUGCAACAGGGUCCGAGGAAAGAAGAAAAAGAAGAAGAAGCGGCGAAAGUUUGUGACCCGGAGACGCAGGCGGAGUGCCAGGAGCGAUAGCGACCGGUUAUCAGUAACUUGAGGUCACAUGCCAGAAGCAGAAGACUGUAUAACAUGUAUUGGGUUGCAUACAGUCAUUAACAAGGAGGAAUGUACCCAGCAACAUGCUUGGUUAAACAGCUUUCUGUGUAUGGUGAGUCAUCAUAUAGACAUAAUACUGCGUCAUACUCCUGCACUUAGGUUGACAUUCAACGAGAGAAGAGAAGAGAAUUGAUAGAAUGACAAGUGCUGCUCCCAUAAGAAAGCCUUAUCGCAAGGCACCUCCUCAGCAUCGGGAAGUACGACACGACGCGUCUACAUUUCAUCUUGAAUUAGAUGGAAAGAAUAUCUCUUAUCCUGAUGAGCACUGUCAGGAUUCUUUAUCAGAUACUGAUAGAAUCAAUAUCCUGCAGCAGCAAAAUGAAGAUCUACGUUGCCGACUCUCCUUUACCACUCAUAAGAUGGAAUCAAUGGAGUCUGAGUUUAACUCUAGUCAGCACUACUUGGAAACAGAGCUGGCAAGAACAAAAGAUGAGUUGGAGAAGAUGAAGGAUAAAUUCCGCAGGCUGCAGAACAGUUAUACGGCAUCACAGAGAGCUAAUCAAGACCUUGAAGAAAAGCUUCGUGCUCUACUCAGAAAAGUUGAAAAUGAUAAGAAGAGCAUGGACCAAGAGAUUGUGGAGCUCACCAACAAGCUAUUAGAUGCUAAAAACACUAUAAACAAGCUUGAGGAGCUUAACGAACGCUAUCGGCAGGAUUGCAAUUUGGCUGUGCAGCUCUUGAAGUGUAAUAAGUCACAUUUCAGAAACCACAAAUUUGCUGAUCUUCCCUACGAGUUGCAAGAUAUGGUCAACAAACACAUGAAAAUCAGUCCCCCAGAUUCUGGUGCAACCAAACCUGAUCCAACUCAGAGCAUAGCCCCUGCUGAUGUUGUUCCUACAUCUGUGAUUGCCCGAGUACUUGAAAAGCCAGAGCCUAUGAUCCUGAAUUCUGCACAGUCAAGCAGUAGUUCUGGACGUCCGGUAGCGGAGGAUGUGUUUGUUCAUGUGGAUAUGACUGGUCCUCAGGGUGAUGAAGCUAAGCCGAGUAAGGAAAAUGGUGGACGAUCGCAAGAGAAAGGAAUUGGUGAACAGCAGCAAAAUGGGAUGUGCAUUCGACAGAAUAGUUUGGAGGGCCUGGUGGUUGAAGAAGGGAGUAAUGGAGCAACAGGUCCAUCUUUUGAGAAGUUAAACCCUUACCCUACUCCUCCUCCACCUCACCCUCUUUAUCCUGGUCGAAAGGUAAUUGAAUUUUCUACUGAUGACAAAGUGAAGAUCCCAAAGAACAGCCCUCUCCCAAAUUGUACUUAUGCUACCCGUCAAGCUAUCUCACUUAGUCUAGUGCAAGGUGGAGGAGAAGAUGAUGGUGAAAGGCAAAGAAUGGUACCUAACAGCCCCCCAAUAUCAGAACGAGGCUGGCGAUCUGGAGCUUCAUCUUCUUCAGGUGGUGGUAGUGAUAUUAGUGGUGGCAGACGUCCUCAUCUGCAAGAUAUUGCUGACCUGUGCUCAACUCAUUCUAGCCCGUUUAGCAGCCCACCACAAGCCCCAAGCAACUUUGCUAGUUCUGCCAGCUCUGAGGAGGAUAUCUUGGCUAAUUGGCAGCGUAUGUUUGUAGAAAAGAUUGCACCUGCCUCUGAGAGUAUCUUAGUCAAUCGCACUUCAUUCAGCAGUGAGUCAGCCCAGGAGCUGCAGAGAAGCAUCCUGAGUAAAAGAGUGUCCAGGAGCGAAAAAAGAAGAGGGGAUGAAAGAGGUGCCUAUUCAGAUGGAGAAGAGUCUUCCCUCCAUAGCUGGAGUAUUAGUCAUGAAUCCAGCCAAGACACAGACAACAGUGGCACACAGGCACGUUCCAGGAAGGAUCAGUAUAGUACAGACUUCUCUUACGAGGAGGGGCAGAGGCUUCUGUUGGCUGUAGAUCCUUUGGAGGAUGAAGAUGGAAGUAGUGAGGCCACUGAAACGACCACUGCUACAGUGAUUAAAACCAGCCCCAUAAUAGUUAAUGACGAUGGCGAUGUAGAGUCGGCAGAGAGCUCCACAGAAGAGCAGGAUGUCCUGACGCAAGAGUUCACUUUGACUAUGCCCAGGUCCUUGAGGACCCCAGAUGAAUUUGAAGAGAAACAUAGCAUGCCCUCUAGACCACUGAAAAGCCCUAAACGAAUGGGGGUACAUCAUCUUCAUCGCAAGGAUAGUCUAACUCGAGCUCUAGAACAUGGUACUUUGUUAGACUAGACUUAUAAAUGUUCUGGCCUCUAAAACAGCUGGAGUGUUUUGGACAUCUGUUUUUUUUUUUGUUUUUUGUUUUUUUUUUUUUUUUUUAAGUAACUGAAGGGGAACGUGUAAUUAUUUCCUUCACAGAUUUAUAUAGAUGAGGCUUUCAAGCAGAGUCACUUUAAGCCUAAUAGUUUUCAGUGUUUUAUACACCAAAAUGGCUCAGAAUAGCUUCUUCAGAAAGGUUGGGUGUAUUGAAUCAAUGUCAGCUAUCCACUGAUCUCUCAACAAUUUUUCAUAAUGUCAGCCUUCAGUCUAAACAUGGGUGUUGCACGUUUCCAGAUUUAAUAACUUAAAAGUAGAACUUUUAAGACUGCAAAUGACAGGCACUUGGAAUGUGCCUCAUUAAGGACUGCUGCCCUGAGUGUCGUUAUACUUGUGUUCCUUGGUAUGGAGUGAUAGCUGUGUUUUACCCAUAGGAUCAGCAUUACACCUUCUAAGUUUUAACUGAUGGCUUUUAAAGGGUAGAAUCAAUGUUGGAUGUACUGUACAGUAGCAUUCAAUUUUCAUAACUACAAAGUAUGUUGCUGGUCAACAUGAGGUACCUAUAGACCGAUAGACAUCAUAGGCUGGCUACCUGGCGAGUUUAACUUAUCUCCGUCCUAACAGACUUAAAAGGGUGUUGAAUGAUUUAUGAUCAGAGCUUUUCUUUCACUUGCAGUGCCUACAUUUCAGAAAGUAUUAAACUAUGAUUUACAGCCAAGUUCAUUGAAGGAUGCAUACAUUUUAGCUAUGUGUAAGAUUUGGAAAAAGGUUAUUGAAUAUGUGCCUAUUAAAGAAUAACGAUGCAAUUGAGGUGCUGUUAAUACCUUAGAGUGCUGGUGUUAAUCAUUGCACUUUCCUUCAGUCAGUUUAAGGUGUUUGUGUGUUGUGUUAUUGUUUUGGGUCUUACUGUCCUUUUCUGUAUAUUAUUCAUAUCCUCCUUUCUUAAGGUACUGCAGGUAUAAAUAAUAUAUAGAUUUAAAAAUGCACCUUUCAUGUACCGAGCAGUUUCACCGAUGGAAAUGUGUAGAAUCAAAAACACAAAUUUCAUACUGUAGACUUCCAGUAGAAGGUGUCACAGUGUGAGCGUAUUGUUCAGCGUUGACAUAAAAUAUAUUGCUUGCUCAUCGUUCCCAGUUGAGGUGAUUUAGACAAACAGUGCUGUCAGUUAUCAAGCUUUGUCUACUCUCAGGUGGAAGUUUUUAUGCUGAAUAUUUAUUUGGCAGCAUUUCGUAAGACUGAAAUCAGUGCUAUUGGCAGUACUGACCUUAAAGGUAGUAUUUUGGAGUUUUUGGUCCGUCUCUUUAAAAAAAAUCUAUUUCAGUAGUUUAUUUGAAUUGUUUAAUCCUGCUAAAUGAUUAGUCAAGACCCAAAGUCUUUUAAGUAUGUUUGUGAUUGGAAUAAAUGCAUUCUUGUAACAUGUCUGAAGUAGCACUGUCUAAUAGCAGAGCUAAAGUGCAUGCUUUUAAGGUCGCCAUCUGUUCAGGACUGAAUUUCUUUCAUAGUUUUAAAUAAUCACAUUUGGCAUGAAAUGUUUUAAUGCUGUCUGGCACGUAUGAUAACUUGUUAAUCAAGUGAAAACAUUUCUUAUGUUGGGUGCUUUAAUCUGACCUUCAAGAUUAACCUGCAACUAACAAAACAUAUGCAGUAAUCCAUGUGAUAUUAUGAAAUGAUACAUUAAUAAUGCAGUUCUUAUUAUGUAUGUACACUGUAGUUUACAGUUGGGUGUGUGCUGAGUAUAACCAUUCUUGUAGCUAUUAGCAGAAAUACUUCAGCUUCUACGGUUUUUCUUGUGUCUAUUAGCUAUAUAAUGAGAGCAAAGCCAUGAUGUAAAAAAAAAUUAUUAUUUUUUUUGUUUUUUUCCAUUAAGCAGGUAAAUGUGCAUCUGGUAGUGGGCCCAAUCAUGUGGGCAGCUUGUGUUUCUUUUUCCUUUUUUUUUUUAUAUAUAAAUAUACAAUGGAUGCCUUGCUGACAGGGCUUAAUUUGACCUUGAGGUUGUCUUUGCAGGGUGUCAGUUGAAUUUACCUACAAGCUGUGAUGUGGUUCAGUGGAAGGGUCAAAUGAUGCACUUAAUUUGUGAUUGAACCAUUUGACUUUUUUUCCCCAUUCGGAAUGAAAACCACCUUUUGACCUUGGUUGUGCUUAAUGUAAAUUAUCCCUGAAUCCUAACUUAAACUAGGUCAUGCUUAGUUGGGUGUUUCGUUUUAUUUAUACUUUCUCUUACAGGAAUUUCAUCUCUUUUUUUUAUUAACUGUAAUUUGUAUUGAAAAGGUAUUACUGCUGGGAAGAGAGAUAAAACUGUAUCCAUUGUAUUUUUAUCUAAAACAAAUACAAAGUAAUCCUGAACAAAAGUAAUUAAUCUCCCAUUUAAAUUUAUUAACAAGGCACUUUAUUUAACGUUAUUGGUUGCUACUGGGAAGAUAUUUUGUUUAGCCCACAGAUGCUGCAUUGAUGGAUGUAUGAUCAUGAUAGCCAUUACAGCUUGUAUUGUCUAUUCAGCUCAGUGUUUAUACAGGUAUAUGUUAAAUUUAAAGAAAAUCUUAACAAAAUAGCUUUCAGGUUUGCUAUUUUGACUUAACUCGCAAAAAAGUAUGAGUAUAUUAUGUUGUUUCUUUAUGUAGGCAUAAAGGCUCAAAAUUAUUAUUGAUUAAUAUGUUCCUCUUGCCAUUUUAUCUCUAAUUUUCCAGAGUUCCCAAAUUACAGUGUUGAUUAGUCCUAUUUUUUUUUGUUGCAUUCAAGAAAAAUCUGUUUACUUGUCACAAUUGUUUUCCAAUAAUGAAUGUAUUACGAAAGUUUUUAAUAGCAUGAUGUCAUUCAAGACUAUUUUGUCACAACAUACCUUAUAAAAACACCAGUUUAUGUACUUAUUAAAUGUACAUAAUAUGCGUGUAUGCAUACACUCGCUGACACACAAGAGAUGUAUGCGUAUAAUAUGUCUUCAUCAGCAUCUGUCUCUUGUGUGACAUAUCUUAAGUGUUGCACAGCCUGAAUUUCUACAUUAGCAAGUUUUAAUUUCUAGCAUUAUGUUCUGUACAUCAUCACCUUUCAUGAGAUUUACAAAGGAAACAAUCUGUAAAAUUAUUCUUUUUUUUUUUAAUUUAACAACUGAGGUUAAGAAUUAAACCUUAAAAGUAUGUACUUUCUAAAGGUUUAAUUCUUUUAACAUUUGUUUUAUGCUUCAAUGUAGUGACAUUCCCACAAUCCAUCAGCAGUUUUAAGUAUCUGCAGCUCUAGUUUAAAACGGCACUGCCAUUCUGAAAUGUUACAAUUAUUUAGACUUUAUUUUUUGUGUUUGCUUUUACAGUUUCUGAAAAGUUGCUAACUUAACACAUUUAACAUCUUUUCCUUGUGCCGAAAGUUUUGAAGCCAAUUUCUUAUUUAUCAAUGCAAUGUAUUGUAUGAUGAGGACGUAUACUAAGUAGCUUCUGUUGGUGUUGAUCACGGCACACAAACUAAUGUUUUAUUCACAAUUAGACUUCUGUCUGGACUCGCGUAAAAUUUAUGUUCACUUUCAAGGCACCUUCUUAUAUAUUCAGGUUUUUUCACAUAACUAGAGCCAUUUCCAGAUUCAUACUUGAAAUACAUCAGUACAGGAAUAAGGUGAAAUUGAACUGUCUCAGUGGAGCAGUGAGUCAUCAUGUUUUCUUUGAUGGACAUCCGACUCUGAAUAGCAGUAGCAUUUAAUAGCAUUCCUUGUCUUCAAAUUAUUUAAUGGUGUUAGCUCCAGUGUAACAGGGUGACAAUUACAAGUCCGAGUAUGCUUGGCUGUCUUGUGAUAUGAAACAUCCUUUUUAUUCCCAUUUUCAUCAGCUACAAAACCUUCCAAAAUAGUCCAGCAUACCACUUCACCUAUGGCUUUCUGUACCCAAACACAUUGUCAUAGUAAUAUGUUGCAAAUGCCAUAUAAAUAUUGCGAAGUUCUGAAGUCCCUAUUCCUAUAAAACUAAAAAAGAAGGCUAUUUAUAGUAUUGUUCACUCCAAUUUAUUUUUAGAUAUCAUUGUAACAAACAUGGCAGAAUCAAUUAUUUUAAUAAUACCUUAUAGAUACAUGCAGCCAUAUUGAGACAUAGUCUUCUCAGGCUUGUAACGUGCAUAAAAAAGAAAUCCUGGUGUUCUUCAAUUAGUUGUACUGCCAAAGCAGUUAUCUGGGUGCAGAUUUAGACUACCUCAGAAGCCUUCAGCAUUGCACUUUACACUGUUCAUUCAUUAUGCAUUUCAUUGAUGGUUGCAAAAGUAUUAACAUUAUUUUCACAGCAAGUUAUCUGUUCACCUCAAAAACAUCCUAUCUGGAUCCUUGUUGAUUUUGCACAUCUUUGUUUUCAGUGGACCUUAUAGCAUGCUACAAAAUAGAGAAAGCGCUAAUGACAAAUUCUUACUAAACUGACAACUGCUUGCUUUUUCCCCCGAAGUGCUGGCAUUCUGAAUUUCAAUUUAUUUUUUAGGUUUUGCGAGAAUGUAAAUGAAAAACACUUUUCUGCUUCCCAACUUCUCCAAAUUGAAAAUAGCCAUCCUUGUUUAAUGGCUGACACCAUUACAAGUGAUAUUAGACAGCAAGAUGAGGAAAGAAAAGAGUUUUUUUUUUUUUUUAGAAAAGGAUGUUACAGCCACCUUCAUUCAAAGUGCCCUAACAAGACAAUGAGGUGUUUGCACUGCAGUGAAAACUGAAUCUGUGUCUUUUACCGGACAGUUAGGUUUUCAAGAAUGUAUUCACACAUGUGUACUGUAGGUCAUCAUCCAUUCAGUUUAACUUGUACAGAAUUUGUCAUUUUUGAGUUGUUGCAUUGAAUGAGUAUUACUGAAUCUGCUUACCCAAUGCGUUGUUUUAAGUUGUCUUAUUAUAAAAUAUAUAUGGUUUCUUUCUUAUUGACACCCAUCCAAUCAGAAUACAAAUGUUUGUGAUUGAUUUUUUUGGCUAUCUUAUUUUAUUUAUAAUCUUUUAUCCUGAUAACUGAUCAUGUAAUUUCUUUUCAAACAUUUUGUUGUGUUAAGUGUUACAUUCUAUACACUUUGUUUAUGGGGGGAAAAAAAAACGACUUGGAAGAAGUCGUUUGAGGUACGUGCAUUCUUCUUAUUUUUUACAAUGUAAUGUACUGACACUUCCAUGAUUUUGUAGUUUCACCACUUUAAAAUCAUCCUUGUAUAAAUAAGAGACUGUUAAACCUGUACUAAUCUUAUUUUCUGAAUUUUUAAUCCAGGGAUGUAUAUUUUAAAACAAAUAAAGUAUUUUAAAUUUA